ACAACUGUGGGAAACAUUGAGAUCCAGGCAGAGACUCAUUCAGAGACUCAACUGACAAGUUCAUUUGUUUUCAACAGGGUAACUGGACUCAUUCAUGGCUGUCUUCAUACUGACCACUGCCUUUGUGGCAUUGUUCCUGAGUGAGGGCCUGGUGGUUAAAGCAGAGGUUCCAUCGUACAUUGCAGCUGUUUAUGAACAUCAUGUGAUUCUGAACCCCGAACCUCAUGUUCCAAUUGAGAGAGAAGCAGCGCUGGUGCACAUGAAUAAGAAUUUGGAUGUGUUUGAGGAGCAAGCUGCCUCAGCUGCCAAACAGGGUGCCCAGAUUAUAGUUUUUCCAGAGAAUGGCCUCCAUGGCUUUAAGUUCACAAGAACAUCUAUUGUUGGAUACCUUGAAACAGUUCCAGACCCAAGUGUGGUUACCUGGAAUCCUUGCACAGAACCAGACAGAUUCCCAAACACAGAGGUCCUUCAGCGUCUAAGCUGUAUGGCUCAGAAGAACCAUCUCUUUCUGGUGGCCAACAUGCCUAAUCGCCAAAACUGUGACAACUUAACUGAUCCCCACUGUCCACCGGACGGCCGUUACCAGUUCAACACAAACAUUGUAUUUAGUGACAAUGGAACCCUCAUAGCGCGAUAUAAUAAGCUGAACCUGUACUUUGAGAAGGAAUAUGAUACUCCCCCAGAGUGUGAACACGUCACUUUCACCACCCCAUUUGCAGGCAAAUUUGGGAUUUUCACUUGCUUUGACAUCCUAUUCUAUGAGCCUGUUUUGACCCAAGUGAAGAUGGGUGUGAGGCAGUUUGUGUUCCCAACAGCAUGGAUGAACAAGCUCCCCCUAUUGGCUGGUAUUCACUUCCAGCGAUCCUUCUCCUAUGCAACUGGGAUCACAUUGCUUGCAGCCAAUACACAGGCAAAAGAGCUGGGAAUGACUGGAAGUGGGAUAUAUACACCUUGGCAUGCUGUGUACCACCAUGACAAGGAGGCCAAGUCUGGGAAACUACUGGUGAGCAAAGUGCCAGUCUUAGAUCCCUCUAUGAUGGAGGAUGGAGAAGAAAGCUCUAAGUUGAAACUGGUGCCUUUCUCUGGGCACUCUAAGCACAGGAGCACUGCUGCUUCACAGUUUGAUGUACAAGAGCAACAAAAACACAUGUCAGAGCGUUGCCUGUCAGGGGACAUGCAAUGCAGAGAGAGACUGCUUUCUGAGCCGCCCACAUUCAUCUCCAACAUGAUGAAUGACAAUUUCACAUUUGUACCUCUGCAAGGCGUUGAGGGGAACUUAAAGGUGUGUGACGGCUCACUCUGCUGCCACCUGUGGUUUCGGAGGUCUGGUCCUGAGGAAGAGCUUUAUGCACUGGGGGCAUUCCGGGGGAUUCAUGCGCCUCGUGGCACAUACUACUUGGAGGUGUGUGCCUUAGUGAGGUGCACUGGAACGGAAUUUAGGAGUUGUGGAGGUGGGAUUGAGAAUGCUCAGACAGUGGUUGAUUUCAGGCUACAGGGAACCUUCAGCACUCCCCAUAUCUACCCUGGUGUUCUGGGCAGUGAGAUGACACUUGACAGACCGGAUGAAUCUGGCUGGGAGAACAAAAGUGAAUUCUACAUGACUCGAAAAGGAAUGGCCACUGGACUAGUGACAGCAGUGCUGUAUGGAAGAGUCUACGAAAAGGAUGGAUAUGGAAAACGUUGCCCAUAGCUGUGGUGGAAGAAAAAAAAUCUUCUGACAGCUUAUAAAGUAGCUUAAUGAUAGUCAUGACUGAUUAUUUUUUAUGUGAAUCUAAGAUUACUAUGUGCUCAUAAGGACAAGCAUGUCCAAUGUCAUAUCUGGGCUUCAAACCCACAAUCACCUGGUUAUAAGAUGAAUUUUGUUUAACUGGAUGAUGACAAAGAUGACAACCAGAGGUAUAUGGCAAAAAGAAAUUUAUUCAUUAUCAAUUAUUAAUAAUCAUUUUUAACAGUGUACCAAGAGGCCAGUGCAUGUUCCUGCCCUUAAGAACCUCUUUGCACAUCUAUAAAAGGCAACGUUUCUUACACACUCACACGUUCACACUCACAAAUCACCACACAUACACACACACAC